AUCCCAUCUGUAUUCUCGCUGGCACCUCUCUCUCUCCCCCACUCCAUCUUCUUCAUCUUUUCUCCUCCUCCUCCUUCUUUAAACCCUAAACCCCCAAUUCUCUCCCAUGUUUUGACGAUAUGCUGAAAAUGCAAUUCCCGCGCCAUCUCCUCUUCCAGCUAUCGCUGCUGCUCGUUUUCUCAUCGCUCUCCUCGAUGGCCGAUCAAUCCGAGCCGUCCAUCUACGAGGUGCUCAAGCUCCACGGUCUGCCGAUGGGGCUGCUUCCCAAGGGGAUCAACAACUUCAGCCUCGACGACGCCGGCAAGUUCGAGGUGCACCUGGAUCGCGCUUGCAAUGCCAAGUUCGAGAACGAAUUGCACUACGACAUGAAUAUCUCUGGCACUCUGCAAUUCGGCCAGAUCGACCAGCUCUCCGGAAUUUCCGCGCAGGAUUUGUUCCUUUGGUUCCCUGUCAUCGAAAUUCGCGUUGAUAUUCCAAGCUCCGGCUUGAUUUACUUCGAUGUUGGAGUCGUCUCCAAGCAGUUUUCUCUCUCUUCAUUCGAGACGCCCAGGGACUGCUUGGCCGUUUCCGAACCGGAUCUUCAGCUUGGUAGACAGGCUGUUGAGACUUUCUCUAAGAUUCGGUUGAGGAAGCAUCAGAAUAAACUUGGUUGUGAUGAUAAUGUUGCGAGGACAGCAUUGUAGAGCAGGCAGGGAACGCGAAAGGAUACACUAAAGCUCAAUCACGUCGGGGAUUUUCAAUACUUGUAUGUACAGGUCUGCAGAGAGUCUGGUGUAGAGAUCAUAUUUCUUCAUUCUCGUUUGCGUGCUUGUGGUUGCAUCUGUAGUGCCGAGUCUUCAAAGUAGUCGUGUUGCCUCCUGUCCUGAUACAAACUGUGCAAAGUCAAGUGGGAGGUGUUGAUGGGUGUUGGAGGAAAAACCAGAGAUAUCUGCAUCAUUGUGGUGGAGGGGAGAUGAACCAAAUUGGGGCAUCAGGUUUCGGGAAUCAGGUGAUCUAUUUGCCACGGUUUGGUACUACGUUAAAUUGGUUACACGAUGAUGGAGUUAAAUGAAAUUGUUGAAUUGGUUAUCUUUUUUGUAGUAUAAAAUGUUAGCUGAUGAGUUAUAUAUACUUCUUUCAUUCAAGAAAUAAGCAAUAAAGUUUUCUUUCCCCAA